AUGGACUUUUGUAUCCUGGUAGAUCCACGUAAAGAUGUGAGCCGCUUACGGUCUGCAGGUUUGUUGCGAGAAAGUUUAGAACGGAGUCAUGUCUCCACGUGAAUCGUUCUGGAUACGAUUGGCAACCAGCCUGCUACUACUGAAUAAUGAGCAAUGAGCAAUGAACAAUGAGCAAAGAGCAAUGAGCAAUGAGCAAUGAAUAAUGAAUAAUGAAUAAUAAUAAACGUGGCUAAACAAUUGAAUUUUUACAUAGGAUGAAAGAACAGUUAUUUAGCUUUACAAUGAUACUCUUUUUAAAUCGUAACGAUGAGAAAUGGCCACAUACUCAAAUAAAAAUAAGAAUUUCCGGUCGAAAUCACAUUCUUCCACCGUUGGGAAGAUUGUAUGGAAAACGAAACAUCGACAAUUCCCAAGCUACAGGGAAUUAGAAUUGAAUGUUAAAAUAUCUAAAAUAAACUCAACUCGUCAAUCUUCAUCUUAGUGAGACAAUAAGAACGUCCGUUAAACAUGGUUCAAUUAACCACUGAAUAGAAAACAUUCGUAAUCAAAAGUUCUACCAAACAAUAUAGCUUGCAGCAGACUCGCGUUGCUUUUGGAUUGAUUUAUGCACUUUGCAUAAUUCAGUAAUGUAUUUUCAAUUCCCAAGGGUGGAAUGAUGUGAUUUCGACCGGCAAUUUUUAUGUGGCCAUUUCUCAUCGUUGUGAUUUUAAAAAUGUAUCUGCAUGUUUUGACACUUUAAUAGUAUACAAAUAAUGAAUGUUUAUGAGUGCAAUGGUAAGAAUAUUUUCAUGAGGUGAAAGAUAGAAUGUUCCAUUCAACGAGGCGACAGCCGAGUUGAAUGGAACAUUCCAUCUUUCACCGAAUGAAAAUAUUUUUACCAUUGCACGAAUAAAAACAUUCAUUAUUCGUUUUAUAUAAUACCAAAAUAGACUAAUAUUAAAAGGUUUACUGUAAGCUCCCGCCAUUUUGACGAGUCGUAUUUGCAUUAAAUCCCAUUUACUGAGUUUCGAUCGAAUAUCGGGUUAAAACAAACUGCGAUCAACGUACGAGAACCAUUUUGACGGAUGUGAUUUAUCGAAAACACAAAGAGUGCAAUGGAAUAAAACGUAUAUAUAGUACAAUUGCACUCGCAAGAGUGCAAUGGAACGUAUUCCAUUGCACUCUUGGGAAAUGGAAUUUUCUAUUGAAUUUCAGACAGGAACCAGAAACGACGUAGUUUUGGACCCAUAUUGAUCGCUUACUCUCAAGAUAAAAAAUUAGUGUGACACCUCUCCGGACGUAACAUGCAUAUCCUCAAUGACUCAAGAUGGCGAACAACUCACUUUUUUCAGUCGAAAUAUUUUGAAAACUAAGCAAGAUAUAAACAAUCUGCAAUAGGAGUUUAAUAGUUUGAUUAAGGGUUCUUUCAAAUGAACUAAACUAAUUUUUAUUGCCAAUGUCCUUAAUCCCCGAGCCGACGGCGCGAAGCGCCGUGCGAGGGUACUAAUUCCCCCCGGCUAUUUACACCCGGAGAAACGAAAGCAUUAGCGGAGUCUAAAGUUCAUCAAAUAUCGCGGGCGUGGGUGACCAACGAUGGGUGGUCAUCCUCACUGAUCUCAAAAAUAUGGCGGACUGUCAUAAAUAGCGGACACUGAUUGGUCCAAUUUAAAUUUUGCAUUAUAACGACUGGCACGAAUGUAUCACGACAGCGAAAUAGCAAACAUUUCUUGAUUUGAUGAUUGAUAAAUUUCUUGCAAAUAUAUUUCAUUUUUACUCGCAUUUUUGCAAGAUUUUGUAAAUUUCAAAAGCUCUCUCAAAAUGAAACUGCGAAAGAAUCGUCUAAAAGAAGGGAGCCGACGUUAACGAAGGUAAGUUUGUUUUAAAUAUUGAUUUUAUAAUGGCUUUAAAACCCGACGGCCUUUGCGUAUAUGAAACAACUAAACAAACAGCAUAUAAUUUUAGUGUAUCUUUAAUAUUGAUUCCCUUUUUUAUGAUAUUGAAUUUCUAAAUAAAAAAGAAAGCACUGAGUUAUUUGCAAGCCAGAAUUUGAAAUCAUUUUAUUGCUAUAGCUAACUCAAAGUUUAUCGAUAAAGCCAUUUUAAAAGGCAGUUUAGUUUUAUAAAGAACACUAGUGACUUAAAACGUUUUGCGAAGCGUUUGUGGUUGAAUUUUACCUUAAAUUGAGGCUUAUAUUACGUAUAAAAACAUACCUAACAUAUAUUUAUGUUGGGAAAUUAAUAAUUUUGUAAUUUUUGCAAGCCAGAAUUUGAAAUCAUUUUAUUGCUAACUCAAAGUUUAUCGAUAAAGCCAUUUUAAAAGGCAGUUUAGUUUUAUAAUGAACACUAGUGACUUUAAAACGUUUUGCGAAGCGUUUGUGGUUGAAUUUUACCUUAAAUUGAGGCUUAUAUUACGUAUAAAAACAUACCUAACAUAUAUUUAUGUUGGGAAAUUAAUAAUUUUGUAAUUAAAAGUGAUAUUUUUAGGCGAUUUUUCAUUUGUAAGAAUAUUCUUAAAAAAUUAUCGUGUUACCAUGACAACUAUUUUAGAACUUCAUGUUCGGAAAAUACAAUGGUUUUGUCAGCAAAGGCGAGGGUUUCUGCAUGCAUGUAUUUUCUAGUUAUAUAUAUAUAUAUAUAUAUAUAUAUAUAUAUAUAUAUAUAUAUAUAUAUAUAUAUAUAUAUAUAUAUAUAUAUAUAUAUAUAUAUAUUUGAAAGACAUAAACAAAGACAAUUUACUCAAUAAAAGAAGCGAAAUUUUCGGCAAAUGUCGUCACAAAAAUCGGUUUCGAGUAAACAAGGUCGUUAACAAAACCUAAUGACCCAAGCAUGCAUUGUUUCACCUAAGCAUUGUUUCUGCACCUAAGCAUUGUUUCGCCUACACGCAUUCCGCACAUUCUUUCGAUAGCAUAAAAGUAACCUACGAUUUCGAAAUUAUUCACCACCUGAUGAUUCCUAUACGGAUGAAACAGACCGUUGUGGUUUUUUGAGGUAAAACGAAAAACUAUAUGACGCUCUAUCUAUAUUAUAUAUAUAUAUAUAUAUAUAUAUAUAUAUAUAUAUAUAUAUAUAUAUAUAUAUAUAUAUAUAUAUAUAUAUAUAUAUAUAUAUAUAUAUAUAUAUAUACAGGGUGUAUAAAAAAAAACUGAACAGAUUUGAAAUUGUUCUCAAUUUCGCAAAACACCUAUUUGUAUCUGGUUUUUUAUAUAUAUAGCGUCUUUGGGUACUUAUAAUGUAAAAUAAUGAAAAAAAAUUACCGAACUCAAAUUCUGUGAACCAGGGGGGGGGGUGUCUUUCCCAACAAACUAAAAAUGGCUUGCGCACAAAAUUUAAAAGCUGUAAUCAUAUUUUGAGUUAAUAGAUUGAAAAUUUGUCGGGUUUUUAAUUACUGUACAAAAUUUCAGACAAUUUGGUUUAAUUUAAGCCCUUUAACUAUUCAUUUUGUUCUAAAAAGUCAGCCUUUCGCAUGCUUAAUUAAUGCCUUUACCUAAUUUGCAUAUUGCUCACAUAUGCAAAUUAGGCAAAUGCAUUAAUUAAGCAUGCAAAUAGCUGAUUUUUCGGGAAAAUUGUAACUUUGCGUGAAUUGUUAAGGGGGCUUAAACUAAAUGAAAUUGUCUGAAAUGUUGUACAGUAAUUAAAAUCCUGACAAAUUUUCCAUCUGUUAACUCAAAAUAUGAUUGCAGCUUUUAAAUUUUGUGCGCGAGCCAUUUUUAGUUUGUUGGAAAAGACACACCCCCUGGUUCACAAAAUUUGAGUUCGAGAAUUUUUUCUCAUUAUUCUACAUUAUAAGUACCCAAAGAGGCUAUAUAUAUAUAUAUAUAUAUAUAUAUAUAUAUAUAUAUAUAUAUAUAUAUAUAUAUAUAUAUAUAUAUAUAUAUAUAUAUAUAUAUAUAUAUAUAUAUCUAUAUAUCUAUAUAUCUAUAUAUAUAUACCGGGUGGCCCAAAAAAAAGUACUCCUGUUUGAUUCGUAAUAACUUCUAAACAAGUACAGCUUUUAAAGAGAAAUAACUUACAUUAAAUAGAGGAAAGACUAACUUAGAUUUUGAUAUAUUACAGGUCUAUUUUACUUAAAAAUUCACGGAGAUAUUAAUGUUCAAAAUCGGGAGCAUACUUUGGGAUGUGUCUAAAAUUAGCGAAAAUCGGCAUAUCAAAUAUUAACUCCAGCGUUUGUUUGCUUAAUGACAUAUCAGGCUAACUUGUAUUUCAACGAAUUAUCGUUAGGGUUUGUAAGGGAUAUAUAUGGCGUAGAUUUAGACAUCUUGCAUGUAAGUCUUAGCUCAUUGUUUCCUGAAAUAUGAACGUUCGGAAUUAUGCAAGUAUUUAAUUUUAGGUCUUUACAAACUUAAAAGUACAUGAAAGACUGACCAUGCAUGCAUGGAAGGCAGGCGCUUAAAUAUUUCUUAAAUAGCCUAAUUUUUUUAUGUUUUUAAUGGGUUCAAAAAGACUGAGUUGAUUAUUUCUCGGUUAGAGCAGGAUGAAUAUUAUUCUAUAUUGAAGGAAAUAAUAUUGCUUUUUGCAAAUACACAGCACCGUAUCAACGCUACUAUUUUGUUACGUUUUGUUCCAAAAAUGUUGCAUGUCUCUGGGGAGUUGCUUAAUUGUUAUGUCUUAUGGAGUUAUAUGGUUUGAUUGUGUUUCAUAUAAUUCUCAGUUUACUCCGAACUUGCCGAGAUUAAGAAAUUAGGCAAAAGAGUUUGGGUGUUCUUAACAAGAUUUCAGAACGUUGCACAAGUUAGAAGAGCUUCACAAUUCCAUUGUGACAGCAUGCCCUAAUUCAGAACUACGAACGAUCCAUGACGAUCCUUCGCGAUGCAGUGGUCUCAUAAAAUAAGGAAACGUAUUCGUACUAAAAACACACGCGAAUUUCGGACGAAUAAAUAUUGCUUGUAUUUUGUAGAUAUAAUAAUACUUUGUUUCAUAAUAUAAUAAACAAUUUGUCCAGUGUCAUUUAUUUACUGGUAAUAGUGCAUGUUUCAGUCGAGCAAAUCUUGAUUAAUAUUUGAUACGCUGUUUUUUGCAUAUUUCAGACACAUCCAGAAAUAUGCUCCCGAUUUUAAAGAUUAAUAUCUCCGUGAAUUUUUAAGUGAAAUACAACUGUAAUAUAUCAAAAUCUAAGUUAGUCCUACCUCUAUUUAAUGCAAGUUAUUUCUCGUUAAAAGCUGUACUUGUUUAGAAGUUAUUACGAAUCAAACAGGAGUACUUUUUUUUGGGACACCCGGUAUGUAUAUAUAUAUAUAUAUAUAUAUAUAUAUAUAUAUAUAUAUAUAUAUAUAUAUAUAUAUAUAUAUAUAUAUAUAUAUAUAUAUAUAUAUAUAUAUAUAUAUAUAUAUUAAGAUGAAAAUGUUCUAGGGUGUGUAUUAUAUAAUUUCCAUACCCAGCGCAAGCAGGAAGAUGUUGUCUGCCGCGGCUGGGUCUUCAACCCGCGACCUUCGAAUUACUAGAUCGACGCUCUACCAACUGAGCUACACGGUCAGACGGAUUUAAGACUGGAAAUUAUGAAAUAUAUACUGAAUUUCAUAAACAUACUCGUUUAUAUUAAUUCAGCAUCGAACAAUACUAGUUCUGCAAGUGUUAUGUUAAUUGUGUUAUUGUCUUAAAUCCGUCUGACCGUGUAGCUCCGUGGUAGAGCGUCGAUCUAGUAAUUCGAAGGUCGCGGGUUCAAGACCCAGCCGCGGCAGACAGCAUCUUUCUGCUUGCGCUGGGUAUGGAAAUUAUAUAAUACACACUCUAGAACAUUUUCACAUUACUAUAUAUCUGUGCCUACAUGCGGAUAUUAUUUUGUUUCCUGAGUUCAAUGAGCUUAAUUUGGGAUGUUAAAUUAUAAUAAACUUUUCGUGCAGGCAUAAUUUUCAACGUUUUGUUUUUUUCAAGCAAAUAUAGCAAUGUGAAUUAGGUAUGCAAAUUAGUAUUUUGUCGCGGAAGAGACCAUGCUUUGUAUGCAGUGUGUUUUGUUGUGGUGUUAAAUAAACUGUCGAAGACAAUUGUAUUCUGGCGCAUGGUAUCCUCAAAAUGCUGGAAAUACCAUUUCAGACUCAAAUUUUCAAGGAGCAUGCCCCCGCGAAACGUUUUUGCACGUACGAACUUAUCCCCCCUGUCGCUGUCCUUAGCUCUUUGUCGGGGAAUUCCAGGCGCUACCACUGUGUUUAGGUAUUCUUGGGUUCCAUAUGAUGUCACGUGGGGUUCAAGGGUUGUUUCAAAGGACGGCUUUAUAUUUUUGUAUUGUCUCUUAUUGGAUUUUUAGUUAUAACAGUCGGAGAACUUAUUUUACUGCAAUGGCUGUCAACACAUCUUAUGUUUCGUAUUUGUUGACCUCAGGUUCAAUUAUUGCCCCCCACGUGAUUCAAAGCAUGCUAAAACAUCACGUGAUUGAAACCGAAGAAUUGGAAAGCGUUUAUGUUCUUCCUUCAUGAUCUUUCAAAGCAGUGUCUUUGUAUUGUGAUCCUAUUAUCUCACCGUAUACCAUGAGUUUAUGACCCAUUUACACUUGCAACUUUUGCUGCGAUUUUAGGUCCGAUUUUCUUCUUCUGAUGGAUGUGAACGAGUGAAUGGUUUAUAAAUGCAGAGAAAAUUGCAAGUGUAAACGGGCUUUAACAGUCCCAGCUACACUGCAGACAACCAAUAAAUUUGUUAUCCCAGAUUCAAAUUGAAUCUAGUAUAUAACCAAUUCCUUAAUUGGUUGGUUUAACUAAUUUGUUUUUACACCGGCCCUUUUAUUUUGUGUAAGAGAAGCAUUUUCCGAUGAUUGAGUACACUCGAGCUACUGCAUCCAGAAACAGUAAUUAUAUUCCAGUUAUCGAGAAAAGAUCGAUCAACAAAAGCGCUUUUUAUAUAUUUUUUUGUUUUAGGAAACGCUGUAGAGGAUGAUCGCCGCGACCUUUUGAAAGAAUUGACAACCAUUUCUGCAAUAAGUUCUCAUGAAAAUAUUGUCAACUUAAUUGGUGCCUGUACCAGUGAAGAUGGUAGGUAAUAAUAACUUCUUAUUAACCGAGCGCAAGUUCUUUACGAAAAAUAUCGGAGGUCUUUUUUGUACAGACCGAGCCCGUAGGGCGAGGUUUGUACAAAAAGACCGAGGUCCAAUAUUUCUUUGUAACGACCGAGCAAGUGAGGUUAAUAAAAAGUUUAUUAUAUGACAUUUAUAGGCAUUUGUAGUCGAAACAAAUAAGAAAUGCAUAUUUGAAAUGCAUAUUAGUAGCGUGGUACACAUUUGAUCAAAGAAAACAAAAAAAUACCAAUGUAUUCCUUCCUUUCCACGUAACAAAUUAAAUUUUCAAAUUUUCAAUUUGUUUUGCUGUUUUGUUUUAAAAUGCAUGCGUUUGUUUUUAUGUAAUGGACCGCCGGUCCAUUACGGGAAAAUAAUGGACCGCUGAAAGUGCUUCUCAGCCAAUCACAGUCCGCCAUUUCACCGGAAGUGAUGCUUGCCAUAUAAUAAUUACUACUAAUCCUCUCGUUUAAACGUCAUACAGAAUAAUUAACAAUUAUAGACAACGAAACCGAGUUGUCUACGUGAGCGAAUAGUCAACGAGACGGAGCCGAGUCGACUAUUCACUCAAAGACAACGAAGCUGAGUUGUCUAAUUGUUUCAGUAUAAACCACAUAAAGAAAACUGAAUGUGUAAAAUAAUAACUUUUUAACGAAAUGAGCGUUGAAAUGGCUUCCUUUGGCGACAUUUCGCUUUGGCCUUGUUGACAACUACUCAAUGUUGCGAACUCCCAAGAAUGACUUGAAAAAUAAUACUUGUGAGUUUUAAAAAACUUAAAAAACAUGUCGUAAAAGUACUAAAACAAUAUAAUAGUAAGGGUCGUUAUACAAGCAAAGCUUGGCUGACAAGGUUUAAAAAGUCCAAAAUUUAGAACACAAAAUGGCUUUCCGAAUUGUUACUAAAUAAAGUUUACGUUAAAAAGCCGAAUAAAAGUGCACACAAAAGAAUCCGAAUGUCGUUAAAAUCUUUAAAAUAUCUGGAAAAAUAAAUAGGCGAACUAUUUCCAUCAUCUAGUAUACGUAAACAAAAGUUUAGAUUAAAAUUUAAUCGAAGGCUCAAAAAAAGGAGAAAAACAAACUCAGCCAAAACUCGACAUUUAAAACUAAAAACUCUUUAAUUAAAAUGAUAGCUAAAUACAUGAUCGAUGCUACAUAAAACAAGCACCAGGGUCGUAGUGACCGGGAGGUGUGGGGGAGGGGGUGCAACACCCUCCCUAAUAAUUGCUCAUGAGCAAUUUCAGGUAGAUUCCCAGUAGAUUUUCUGGGAAAUUCAGUUAGAUUUCCAGUAGAUUUUUAGGUAAAUUCAGGUAAUUCUCAGGGAAUAAGAAAGUAAAUUAUUGGGAGAAAUAACUAUAUCUGUGGAAAAAUUUGUUUUUAUUUUCGUAAAAAUGGGAAAAAUGUUUGUAUUUUCGGAAAAAUUAUGGUACGUCGGGAAAAAUUUUUGUAUGUUCGCGAAAAUCACGAUGUGUUCGGAAAAUGUUUUGGUAUGUCCGGAAAAAAUUUUUCGACGUCCCCGCACCCCGCUCGCCAACAUGCGUCCCUCUCGGCAUGCAUGCGUCCCAAAAUCAGGUAGAAACGUUAAGUUGGAUAAAUUCAGGUAAAUCUAACCUCACCCCCCCCCCCCUUCCCCAAAGGCUAAGUCCUCGCAACGAUUCUGACAAGCACACACUAAAACGGUUGAGAAAAUAGGGGUAAGUAUAGCUACAAACUAUUGUUGAAUUUAAACGAUUCUGCUUGGAAUAUUAUUAAACAAACAUUUUAAAAAUCGACUGUCACUUUCAUGUUCAAAACUAUAUAUGAGCAAAAUUUUGAUAACUUUGAAAUUUUACCGUUCUGAUAAGCUUUUUUUCCUUUAAAUGCAGCUUUUAAUACUUAGAAACGGCCAUCAACAUUGUUUAUACUAGUAGGCUAUCACUAAUAUGAAUAGCCUACAAGUAGCGUAGCCAAUCAGAUCGCACGAUACAUGAUAGCCUACUAGUAGGUUUACACUAAAUCUUAUUAUUAUAUACACAAGGUCUGGAUAUGAGGUAUUCUGCAAUCUGAUUGGUUCUCUACUAGCAGGAUAUUAGCUCAUAUCCUGCUAGUAGAGAAAAACAAAAUGGCGGUUCAAACUGAAUUUCUGACGUUUUGCGAACGAGAAAAAGACAAGUUGUUCGCUUUUUAUAGCCUUUACAGGAUUAAAAACACAAUGAAAAAACUCCCACAAAUUGUUUUGAAUUUUUUAAAAAUUGAAAAUGGUUAAAUUGAAAAAAAUAAUCGGACGAAAGAGCGAAGGUAAAAACAUAAACAAAAUAGAAAAAUGUUGAAAAUAUUCGAAAAGCAAAGUCUGUGAAUUCAGACCUUGUGUAUAUCAUAAAACAGUUAUUUCACUCACUCUCGUCGAAUAUGAGCGAUAGCCAAUUCGGCGCUACGCGCCUUUUCGGCUAUCAGCUCAUAUUUGACUCGAGUUCGUAGAAUAACUGUUAAUUAUCCAAGAUACUUGUUUGCACGCCCAUUGCUAUCACUGCAUGUCAUGAUGUAAACAAGUGGAAUACAACGAAGGUAAGUAAUUGCAAGCGGUUAAAUGGACCUUUCCCCUUAUAACUAAAAUUUUGAUCUAGACAAAAAUUUCAUCACAGCUUGAAAGAGCAUCACAAAAUUAGUAAUAUUCCAAAGUUUCGUUGCGAAUAAUAUAAAAUGCAGAUAAACUUCGUUUGUCUGUUUUAGUCAUUUUGUAUUACGCAUGGGAAAUUGACAGCCCAAUCGGGUGUUGGGGCAUCAAUUUCCCGUUUGUAAUACAAAAUUACUGAAAAUUGCGAAAUUUCGCAGGGCUAUAUUAUCCGCAUUUUACAACAUUUCGCAACGAAACUUCGGAAUAUUACUAAUUUUGUGAUGCUCUUUCAAGCUGUGAUGAAAUUUUUGUCUAGAUCAAAAUUUUAGUUAUAAGGAGAAAGGUCUAUUGCAUUCACAGCAACACAUAUAAUCCAUUUGUUCUAAGGACAUGGAAUAUAAAAUGCAGUCGUGUUUCUUUCACAACCUUUUUCAAAUUUUAUAGGUCCUGUGCUGUUAGUGCUCGAGUUGUGCUCUCGUGGUACUCUCGAGAAUAGUCUUCGAGAGAAGGAGAAAAAUGAGCAGUUGUUUCUGAAGAAGACUAAGCUAACUUUGGCGAAUGAAAUUGCCGAAGGAAUGAGACAUCUUGCGGACUCAAGGGUAAGAAGCUGUUGCAGACUUUUAAUGCUUGAUCGUUGUAUAUUUGUUGAACCCAGAUUUUAAAUAUUAUCGUGGACGAUAAUGUAUCGAGUCUAUAAUAUGUCUGUUGAAAUUAAAAGCUCAAAACUACAAAACUGACAAAGACUAUGCUUGGAAUGAAUUAAUUAUAUGCUUGGAAUGUGUAAAAUGUUUAAAAUAACCUCGUAGUACGAACAUUAAAAUAACUCGUGUAUAUAUGGUUUUAAUACUUCAGUUCUAAUUUCUUCAUUUUAAGAUUGUUCAUCGGGAUCUAGCGGCAAGGAAUAUUCUUCUGACCGAAGAUUUUAUGCCAAAAAUUUCUAAUUUUGGUCUUUCUCGUGACAUUUAUGAGCGUGGUUCGUACCACAAGCUUACGCCGGCGGUAA